AUGGUAAGGGCCUACCGAACGGUCUCCUUGAACGCCGUUCUGCUCCUGGCGGGGAUACUUCCCCUCGAUCUCAGAGUUUGGGAAGCAGCCUCUCUGUAUGAAGUGAGAAGGGGUGUUACUCUGCCGGAGCUGGGGGACAGGGAGGUAGAAAGAAGUGCCAAGUAUGCCACACUACCACAUCCGGCAACAAAUAGAGACUACAAAUUCACAAGCCUCACGGAUCAGGAAGAAGUAAACAGGCACAACGAUCAAGCAGUGAGAAUCUAUACAGAUGGUAGCAAAAUUGAGGGCAAGGUUGGCGCAGCAAUAUCCAUAUGGAAUGAUGUGUCUGAAACCAAAGCCCUCAAGCUAAAGCUAGAUUCUCACUGCACGGUCUAUCAGGCUGAACUUCUAGCAGUAGAAAAAGCGACCACCCUGAUCCUAGAGAGCCAAGAGCAGACGUUCGGUAUCUACAGCGUCUCCAGAUCAUUCCUCGAGGCGGUGAUUGGUGGACAUUCCCUCCACCCCCUAGUGACCAAAAUAAGAGGCAAUUUAAAUAAUUGCCACUCCCAAAAUAAAACUGUUUCGUUAUUUUGGGUGAAAGCCCACGCAGGGUUGGAGGGUAAUGAGAGGGCCGAUAAACUGGCAAAAGAAGCAGCGCUCAACCUCAAGCGCAAACCUGACUAUGACCAAUGCCCGAUUUCAUUCGUCAAGCGUCAGCUUCGAAUAAAAACAAUGGAGGAAUGGAAUCUGAGGUAUAGAUCCGGCGAGACAGCUGCAACGACGAAAGUGUUUUACCCAGACGCCAUCGAAGCAUACCGGGAAAUCCGAAAAUUGGAGCAUACGGCACUACAGACGCAAAUUCUAACCGGACAUGCGGCGUCCGCUCCGGCGGACCCUUCUCCGGGGGCAAUUCGUGCCCCCUCAUUCGCCAAAGGCGCACUUAGAACACAAAGUGCGCCUUCCAGCACGAGGACCCACGGGCGGUAA